GACCGCGUGAGCGAAGCCCGACCACACAACGGCCUCAUCCUCGAGGCAUCCCCUCUCCCCACACCCCCCGUAUCCGCUCUCCUCCCCGUCGACCAACGCGCCACCCAAAUCGACGCCGCCUCUCCUUCCCUCACCACCACCCCCUCCCCCUCACUCACCAUCCCCCUCCCCCGCCAUCACCACGCUUUCCGCUCUCCCUUCCCCUUCCUCCCCCUCUUCGACACCGUCCUCAACCCAGGCAACCUCGGCUCCCUCCUCCGCUCUGUCCACUUCCUCGGCCUCCCCUCCGUCCUCCUCUCCACCCGCACCUGCGCCCCCCUCAAUGCCUCCACCCUCAAAGCUGCCUCCGGCGCCGCCGACGCCCUGCGCAUCCUCGCCGUCUCCGAGCCUGCCCGCUUCCUCGACGAGAGCAUCCGCAACGGCUGGCGCGUCUACGGUGCCGCGAGCCCCGAGGCCGCAGCCAACAUUGGCGAGGCGAUGGGAUGGCGGUCGUCGUCGACUCGCGAGAAGCAUCGGAGGGCGAAGCCGUUGUUCGAGAUGUCACCGCAUCCUCUGGGAAAGAGCCCGGUGAUUUUGCUGAUAGGUGGGGAAGGGAAGGGGCUGCGGCCAGCGCUUCUGAAGCGGUGUCAGGGGUUUCUUGGGAUUACGAAGGGGAGGAAGGUGGGUGGAGAUGUGGGGGUGGAUAGUUUGGGGGUGGCGGUGGCAGGGGCGGUGGUGAUGGAA